AUGCCGCCCAAGCGUAGCACCCGGGCCUCCACCCGCGGCCCCGACCCGGUCGUCGCCGACCAGCGCAGUCGCGCAUCGGUACCUCGCACCUCGUCCACGGCGCGGCUCCGCAACGCAGCUGUGACGGCGGCCAUGGAGGCAAGCCCCGCGAAAUACAGCACGUCGUACGGCUCGCCGCCGACUGCCGCUCCCGAGAGGCAGGUCGUCGGCGCCCACGGCACCGAUCUCGCCGGCGCGUUCGGAUCCGUGCUCAGCGCGGUCCAGGAGGACAACCGGAGGGACGCUAGACAGCGCGCCGAACGGGAGGCCCAGGAGGCCAGCAGGAAGAACGAGGCCGACAGGCUGCGGCGGAUUGCCGAGGAGCGCGAGUCCCAGGAGGACGACGAUGACGACAUUGUCGAGCUAAUAGAGACCGUCGAAGAGCGGGAACAAAUCACACCCCGCCCCCAGAGGACAAACCUCCCCAGAUCAUCAUCAGUACAGCCGCCUUCGUCGGCUAUACAACCCCGGAGUACGGCCCUUCACCUGUCGAGUAGUGUUCGCAGGUUGUUCUCGGAGCCGCCCUCUCACCACAAAUUCACACCAAAUCCACCCAUGUCAACGCGGAGCUUUAUAGAAGAGAGCAACGUGUUUGGAAAUGCCAAGGUUUUUACGCCAGGCCCGUCACCGAAUGUCGAAGCUCUGUCACGGCGCGCCGACCUAGUGGCAGGUAGAAAUCAGCUUCGGCCGACGAACCUGAGCAAGGACAGCGGGUCGUCGCUGCCAAACCAGGCAGGAUCAUCCCGCCAAACGAUAGACCGGUCAGAGAAGAGCAGGCAAUCGCAACCCGUUGAACAGCUACAGCCAACACCAAAUCGGAACAGGGAGGAACAAGAAGAAGCUUCCUCUCCGCAAGAAUCCAUAUCCAGCAGGUUACGCAACAGCGCGCGCAAAGCAAGCCGGCGGUUGUUCGCAAACGCAAAUCUGAGCGACGAGGACGAGCUCCAGUCGUCGCCGCCACAAUUUCGAAACCCAGGGCCUAGCAAACGUAGCAAUCCACGAGAUUUAUCGCCAGUGGGAGAGUCGGACUUGAGUGAGGGAGAAGACGCCAUGCCUCCCAUUUCCAGGAAUCAGCGCGGCGGUGGCAAGGAGAGAGGCGGCGUCCGGCUUAAGCGACCGGCGCGCAAGAUUGUGGGGGCAGAGGCAGCGUCAGGCAGCUUCAGCAAGCGGUCGGCUAGGAGCAAGCCCGCUCGGGCUGUGGAGGAUGACGACCAGAACCAGGCGACUCCUAAGAGGAGGGACGGUCGCAGGAAACCCAGCACGCAAAUUAUCGAAAGAGAGGAGGAGGAAGAUCCUCUCCAACGACAAUCACAACUUAGAUCCCGUGUCAAUGAGGCUCAUCAACACCAGGCAGCAAAUUCUAGGAUACCUGACGACCCAACCUUUAUCCAGGGAGCAGGCAAGAGCAUGAGGAAGCUGGGGGAUAUGUGGAACAAGAUGGCCACAGCGAUUACAUUCCUAGUCCUCAGCUGGAUAGCAAUACGCGUCAUUGUUAUCAGCACGAUGACUCCCGAGCAAUACGGGAGUUACCGUCUUGACAACCGCCUACACUGGUACGGGAGCGACUGGCGGAAGAACAUACAGCAAUUCGUCCCAUACAGCCUACUACACCCACUAGGCGCCAUUAGCGACGAGGAGUUUAAUAAUUUGCAAAGCGCUUUUGGCAGCCACGAUAACCAGAUCGCCAAGCUGAAGGAUAGAGCGAGUGGGCACGACACUGCUGUGGAAAAUUUGAGGAAAAUCAUCCCCUCCGUCGUGCGCCUGGAGAAGGACAGCAAAGGCAACAAGAUCAUCCCGCAGGACUUCUGGUAUGCCUUGCGAGACCUCAUCAGCGCAGACAAGGAGUUCUUCACGCUGAAAAGGGCAAAGGAUGGCAAAUACGACAUUUCAGAUCUGCAAUGGGCGACCUUGAAGGGGCGGCUGGAGAGGAGCGGGUUUCGUACGCAGGAUAACGACGCACUGUCCGCAGGCGAGGUGGGAAAGAUUGCCCAGGACGCGAUGGCCAAAUCGUGGGAGUCCUACAUUCGGAGCAACAGCAACAGGGUAAAGGAAAUCCUGGGAGUCGACGCCAUUAAGCCUGGCGACACUGACCAGGAGGCCGCCGACAAGCUGAUGCGCUUCCUCAAGUCCAAAAGCGGGUCGCAGGAGCUCUCGGACGUGCUCGUCACAAAGGACGAGUUCCUCCGACAACUACGGGAGGAGAUGAUCCCUCACCGGCAUGAGAUCAAGGCCGAGCUUGCCGAACUAAACGAGAAGCUGCAGGAGGUUGUCCGCAACGCGACCAAGGCCCACACAGACACGACUACCCCCUCACCCUCGGGCUUCUCAGAAAAGGAAAUCGUCGCGCUCGUCGAAAGGACGGUCCGCAAAGUCCUCGGCGACACGCACCUUGAGGCCGUAGCGCAGGGCAAGAUCCGGGCCAACUACGCCGAGGAGCUCAGCCACCAGGUCAACUUCUUCUCCUUCGCCUCGGGCGCCGUCGUCAACGAGCGCUACUCGAGCCCGACGUUCGUGACCAAGCAGCCGCGCAUGGGCACGGACGAGUACAGGGAGCGCCGCCCCGGGCCGGGUCUGCCGUACAAGCGCGCGGCGCUCGAGGGCUGGCAGGAGGACGGCGACUGCUGGUGCGCGGGCAUCCGCGAGGGGCCCGAGCGCACGGGCCCCGCCGACCUCGUCGUCGACCUCGGCGUGCCCGUCGUGCCGACGCACUUUGUCGUCGAGCACAUCGACCCGGCCGCCACGCUCGACCCCGGGUCGGCGCCGCGCGACGUGGAGGUCUGGGCCGAGGUCCAGGAGGUGCGCCUGCGGCGGGUCCUCGAGGACUGGUCCCUGGCGCAGUUUGGCGCCGAGGGCCUCGCGUCGCGCGGCUACCACGAGGGCGGCAGCAGUGGCAGUAGCAGUGGCGGUAGCGGCGGCGGCGCGUCGCGGCUGAACCGCCUCGCCGCCCGGGGCUACGUCAAGAUUGGCGAGUUCGCGUACGAGAACGUCGUGUCGCGCGGCGGGCUGCAGGUCUACCGCUUCUCGCAGGAGCUGGCGAGCCUGGGCGCGUCGACCGAGAGCGUGCUCGUGCGGGCCGUGACGAAUGCCGGGUCCGACGACCAUACCUGCUUCUACAGGCUGAGGCUGUACGGGGAGCGGAGGGACGAGGAUGUGGUCCCGCAUGGUGGCGAGACUGUUGUCGGUGGUGGUGGUGGUGGUGGCAGUAGAGCGGAGAAGGAGAAAGGGUCUUCAUGGUUCGGGUGGAGUUGA